AUGGAGGACCGCCACGUGAAGAUCCCGGACCUCACAAAGGCGGCGAAGGCGCUGAAGCUGCCGAUUAACCAUCUCCCGCAACCCUGCGCCUUUUUCUCCGUCUACGACGGACACCAGGGGCAUCAGUGCGCCGAGUUCGCGGCAAAGGGCUUUCACAUGAAGCUCCUCAAACGGUUGUCUGCCGACGCCAACCCCGCCGCGUGGACGGAUGAGCGAAUAUGUGAUGCCUUGAGGGAGGUUUGCGAGGAGCUGGACACGGAGUUCCUGGCCAAGUUUCGCACCUCUCCAGACGGCAGCACUUUAGUCGUGGCCCUGGUGGUGGGCACCAAGCUCUACACCGCCUGGGUGGGUGACUCCAGGCUAGUCCUGUGCCAGAGGUCAGAGAUGCAGCAGAUGCUGUCAAAGUCGGUCACCAAGGACCAUCGCCCAAAUCUAGAGGCAGAGGCCCAGCGGGUGAAAGACGCCGGCGGCAUCGUGUUGGACUUCGGCAUGGGCGUGUAUAGAGUUGCCCAUGACGGCUACGAGGAGAAGAUGCGGGAGAUCCGGCGCCAGCAGGUUCUGGGCAUGGGCUUCGCUGGCAAGGAGCCAGUGGCAUUGGCCGUGUCCAGGGCACUGGGCGAUCGCGACUUCAAGGCUGUGACUGGCAAACCAUUGCUGGUGGCUACGCCUGACGUGAGAUGUGUGCAGCUUAACAGGACACACAUGUCCAUGGCCUUGAUGUGCGACGGCAUCUCUGACGUCAUGCAGGACGAUGAGGCCGGGGCCGCCCGACCCAGUGAAGCGCCGGAGACCUCAGCGUCUCGCGAGCGGAGCGGCGCCCUUUGUGGAGUCCUGGGAGGUGCUUCCAUAUUAUGGCUGUGGGUCACAACCAAUGGUACCAUGUUGGGGUAG